GCGGCGGCGGUGGCCAUGCGCAGGACGGCGCGGCCGGGGCCGCCGGGCCGGGGCCGCCUUCCUUGGACCCGCGGCCUGAGGGCCCCGCCGCCGCCGCUGCUGCUCCUGCUCGCGCUGCUGCCGCUGCUGCUCGCACCAGGCGCCGCCGCCGCCCCUGCCCCGAGGCCACCGGCGCUGCCUCCCGCGUCCGCGGGGCCCAGCGUGAGCCUCUACCUGAGCGAGGACGAGGUGCGCCGGCUUAUCGGUCUUGAUGCAGAACUUUAUUAUGUGAGAAAUGAUCUUAUUAGUCACUACGCCCUAUCCUUUAACCUGUUAGUACCCAGCGAGACAAAUUUCCUGCACUUCACUUGGCAUGCAAAGUCCAAGGUUGAAUAUAAGCUGGGAUUCCAAGUAGACAAUUUCGUGGCUAUGGACAUGCCCCAGGUCAACAUUUCUGCUCAGGGGGAAGUUCCACGCACUUUAUCAGUGUUUCGGGUCGAGCUUUCCUGUACUGGCAAAGUAGAUUCUGAGGUUAUGAUACUAAUGCAGCUCAACUUGACAGUAAAUUCUUCAAAAAACUUCACAGUCUUAAAUUUUAAACGGAGGAAAAUGUGCUACAAAAAACUUGAAGAAGUAAAAACUUCAUACUUGGACAAAAACACUAGCAGAACUAUUUAUGAUCCUGUACAUGCAGCUCCAACCACUUCUACACGUGUAUUUUAUAUCAGCGUAGGGGUUUGCUGUGCAGUAAUAUUUCUUGUAGCAAUAAUAUUAGCUGUUUUGCACCUUCAUAGUAUGAAAAGGAUUGAACUGGAUGACAGCAUCAGUGCCAGCAGUAGUUCCCAAGGGCUGUCUCAGCCAUCUACCCAGACGACUCAGUAUCUGAGAGCCGACACACCCAACAAUGCAACUCCUAUCACCAGCUCCUCAGGUUAUCCUACCUUGCGGAUAGAGAAGAAUGACCUGAGAAGUGUCACUCUUUUGGAGGCCAAAGCUAAGGUGAAGGAUAUCGCAAUAUCCAGGGAGAGGAUAACUCUAAAAGAUGUACUCCAAGAAGGUACUUUUGGGCGUAUUUUCCAUGGGAUUUUAGUAGAUGAAAAAGAUCCAAAUAAGGAAAAACCAGCAUUUGUAAAAACAGUUAAAGAUCAAGCUUCUGAAAUUCAGGUGACAAUGAUGCUCACUGAAAGUUGUAAGCUACGAGGUCUUCAUCACAGAAAUCUUCUUCCUAUUACCCAUGUCUGUAUAGAAGAAGGAGAAAAGCCCAUGGUGAUAUUGCCUUACAUGAAUUGGGGGAAUCUUAAAUUGUUUUUACGGCAGUGCAAAUUAGUAGAGGCCAAUAAUCCACAGGCAAUUUCUCAACAAGACCUGGUCCACAUGGCUAUUCAGAUUGCCUGUGGAAUGAGCUAUCUGGCCAGAAGGGAAGUCAUCCACAAAGACCUGGCUGCUAGGAACUGUGUCAUUGAUGACACACUUCAAGUUAAGAUCACAGACAAUGCCCUCUCCAGAGACUUGUUCCCUAUGGACUAUCAUUGUCUGGGAGACAACGAAAACAGGCCGGUUCGGUGGAUGGCUCUUGAAAGUCUGGUUAAUAACGAGUUCUCCAGUGCUAGUGAUGUGUGGGCCUUUGGAGUGACACUGUGGGAGCUCAUGACUCUGGGCCAAACGCCCUACGUGGACAUCGACCCGUUUGAGAUGGCCGCGUACCUGAAAGACGGUUACCGAAUAGCCCAGCCGAUCAACUGUCCUGAUGAACUAUUUGCUGUGAUGGCUUGUUGCUGGGCCUUAGAUCCAGAGGAGAGGCCCAAGUUCCAGCAGCUGGUCCAGUGUCUUACAGAGUUCCAUGCAGCCCUGGGGGCCUACGUCUGACUCCUCUCACAGUCCCCCAGCAUCAGGAGGAAGGAGCCUGCCAGGGCUCACUUGCAGCCAGUCACGGAUGCCGCAUACGCCAUGCAGCGCCGCAGAAGCACAUUUGUCUUCCAGAGCACCGUGCCUUAGGAAUGCUUUAGAAUCGGAACUAUCUAAGGCAGACUUAAUGAUGUCAGAUAUUUUCUAGAUAUCACUUUCAUUAGGUUGAACUGAAAAUGUUUUUGUAAAUUUUUUGGCCAAAAAUUUUUUUAAACAUAGUUAACUUUGGACUAGGGGGUACAUUCUUACAAAAUAAAUAAACAGUUUCUAAAAUUGUUUAAACACAGAUAUUUGGAAUAGCUACCUUAGUGCAACUGCUUUUUAUUUUUUUACUUCAUCAAGGUAAUGUAGGUGAUUCACCUUUAAAGUUUUUUUUGUUUGUUUGUUUUAAUAUUUAUCACUAGUCUUGGGAAUGAUUUCUCUUCAAGAUGCAGUACUUUUUCUUAGGAAAAGAAAAACAGAAAAAGAUGUCGGUUUGCCUUGUACAGGAAAAGGCAAUAUUGGAAGAAGAAAACUUAAAGAAAAGCUAGAGGGGAAAAAAAGAGAAAAAUACUUAUUAGAAACAGAAACUGCCCUUCCAUGGAGAAUUGUUUUUUAUUUUUUUAAUGAAAAGGAGUUCUCCUUUUUUAUUUUGGGGGAAGUAGGAGCUGAGUUCAUUGAAACAUCUUAAUUUUGGCAGAACCUAGCAUUUCUGUGAGCCAGAAGUGGGUUUGGGGCAGGUCAGUAGUGAACAGUGGCUAUCUUAUUUAUUUUUACUCUCUGGAAAAGGAGAUAACACAAUUCCAGAAAGUGAAAUCUUGUUUCUAAGGUUAGGAAUUCCUUUUAUUGCACCUAGAAUAGUGCCAUGCACAGAAUGGGUGCUUGAGUUGUUUUGAGUAAAAAAAUGUAAACAGGUAGAUUUUGUACCUAUCUUUGAGGCUGGCUUAAGUAUAAAAUGUUUCUUUAAAAACACCUGAGAAAUUAAAGGAUUUGUUUUAUAUUAUGACAGUAUUGAAAAUAUUGUUCAUAAUGAAUGAUUGGUUGUGUCUGGUAAGUCUUUGAACACACACCAGCUAGAUAGCCCUGUUUCAUUUCAUGGGUGUCUCACUCAGACUCCCAAGCCCUAACACAAGUGCAGCUGACUCUGCUCAGCCUCCAGAUUCUAAUAAAAAGUUGAGAUUAUUA